AUGGCUUCGGUCCCGCUCGUCAAGUCCCUGGCCGACAUCUACCCGCAAGACGCCCUCGCCCAGCAGUCGUCGCGAUGGGACGCCCUCUACGCCCGCUUCCGGGCGGCCUACGGCGGCGCCGCCCCGGCCUUUGUCGCCCGCUCCCCCGGCCGAGUCAACAUCAUCGGCGAGCACAUUGACUACUCGCUUUACUCGGUGCUGCCCAUGGCCAUCACCGCCGACGCCAUCAUUGCCGUCUCGGCGCGGCCCAGCAGCGGCAGCACGUACAAGAUCCGCAUCGGCAACGUCGACGAGGCCAAGUUUGCGUCGCGCGAGUUCGACCUCGACCUCGACGCCGACAUUGACAUUGACGCCAAGGCCUCCGAGUGGACAAACUACUUCAAGAGCGGCCUCAAGGGCGCCCUCGCGCUGCUGCGCCAAAAGGCAAAGGCGGCUGGUGUCGAGUUUCGCCCGUGCGACAUGGACGUCACCAUGGACGGCACUGUCCCUGUGGGUGGCGGCCUCAGCUCAAGCGCUGCCUUUGUCAGCGCGAGCGCGUUGGCUGUCAUGACGGCCAACGGCCAGGCACCCGUCGACAAAAAGGAGCUGACCGAGCUCGCCAUCGUCAGCGAGAGAUCCGUCGGUGUCUACUCUGGUGGCAUGGAUCAGGCCGCUUCGGUCCUAUCAGAGCUUGGCUCUGCCCUUUUCGUCUCGUUUAGCCCGCAGCUUGAUGCGAAGCCGAUCAAAUUCCCUCACACCAGUCCGGAACUCGGUUUCGUGAUCGCCCAGUCCUUUGUCACUUCGACAAAGCACGACACCGCCCCGACCCGCUACAACCUGCGCGUCGUCGAGUGCAGUCUCGCCGCUGGCUACCUCAACGCCGUGCUGAACCCACCGGGCACCACUCUCCCCCUCGACGCUGGCCCGCUGCGGACCAGCCUCAGAGGGUUCCACGACGUCUACGCCGCCAACAAUCUGGCCGGCCUCGACCCGGAGGAGCAGCUCCAGCGCCUCAUAAGCCUCACAGAAAAGACGCUAACCCAGGAGGAGGGCUACACCCGCGAGGAGCUCGCUGAGGUCCUCAAAGAAUCUGUGGUGGCGGACCUGACAAAGAUGGCGGCCGAGGGAGACACGUCUGCUGCGGCUGGCAUCAACGAGGCUGACACCGUGGCGAAUCUCGAGAGCCGAUACAUGUCCAAGUUUACCGUUCACGCUGAUCGCUUCAAGAUCCGCCAGCGUGCCUUGCACGUCUUCAGCGAGGCGCUCCGCGUUAUAAGGUUCCUCAAGCUGCUCGAGAGCGCCGACCCGGCCAGCGCCGACGUCAACCAAAAACUCGGCGACCUGAUGAACGCGACGCAAGAUUCGUGCCGGGACCUUUACGAGUGCAGCAGCCCGGAGAUUGACGAUAUCUGCCGCAUUGCGCGCGGUGCGGGAGCUUACGGAAGCCGUUUGACGGGAGCCGGUUGGGGAGGCUGCACGGUGCACCUCGUGCCGGUGGACAAGAUGGACGGCGUCAAGGCAGCGCUGGAAAGGGAAUACUAUGCGACAAGGGCCCUCACCGACGAACAAAAGUCCCAAGCAGUUGUCGUUAGUCGCCCGGCCAGAGGCAGCGGUACCCUGGUGGGACACGCGGGGCCGUUUACAUUGUAG